UAUAAAUAGGCCAUAUAUAGUUCUCUUGCAUAUAUCAUUUUUUCCUUUCCUGCCAGUCACCACGGUUUCUGCAUUUCUCUUUCACCGCCUGUGAAUGAGAGCAGAGCCCUUUUUUUAAUCCCUCAUUUAGCAAGUGCAUUAACACAGAAGAUCUCAUGUGCCAAUGUACUGAGAAAAUAUCACUAUGGUAACGACAGAGCCAGGGCUUUUGUGAUUUGCUGUGUGAGGCAGGCAUGGAACAGUGAGUGUGUAGCAUGAUUGCUAAGCGAGGGAUUGAUGGGGGCUGCAUGGUGCGGACAACAUGGAUGAUUGGAUGGAAUAGGCAAGAUGUUUACACACUCGUUUAGUAGCUUCUGAACGGCUCAACCAGUGCCCUAGCUACCUCCGUCGUGUAUAUGUGUGGAGGUGAGGGUUUACAGCUAGCAGUGAGUGUGUGUGGGUGCAUGUGUGAGUGUGCGACAUACACUGGAUGAUGCAGCUCUGCGAUGUUGUGAAGGCUUCUCUCAUUGCAACGAAAGGAAGUGGAGGACAGAUCGUGCAAUAGUUCUGUGCAAAUGCAAUUUAGUGUACUGUUAACGUGGUGAAUCGGUCUCUCUGAAGAAUUGGUCCUGGCCAUAUUUGGUGGAAAUCUUUCUUUUGUUGAGCCGUUGGGAAGCAUCAGAUGUGAUUUUUUUUAAGUGGUGAUUUCGAAGAUUUAAGGAUACUAUCUUGUCUGUAUUUGUGACUUUAUUUUCACAGAUGGGGAAACCACAUAAUCCUUGUGAACUGCAUCGCUGAGACGGAGCACUAUCGCCAUGGGGACAGGAGCAAGCAGCGCUUCCUCCCGCUCUCCCUCCCCCGAGUUUGCCCAGAACCACCGCAACUCCAUGCGCGGCCAGCACCUGGACGCGGACGAAAACAACCGCAAGAACUCGCUGGCCAUUUCGGUGGAGAGGGACCGGUGGAAAGGACAGAACGUUAUUUGUAACGAUGUGGCCCCUGUCGUUAUCAGUAAGGACUGUUUCGAGGAGUACCAGUGCCUGUUCCUUGCGGAGACGCAGAUGGCCGUUGUGGGUUCCAUCAAGAAUGGGAUGCCAGAACACAACUUGAUACAGGAAAAGUAUUUCAUGGUUGCUGACCAAUUCAAAGACAUCGAUGAGCUCAACACAACACUGAAGUAUGGAGCACCAAACUUUCGGAAAGCUCAUGGGGGCUACCCCGUGUACGGCAUGGGCCAACCUACCUCUGACGGCCUGAAACGAGCUAUGGAGUAUCUGGAACAUGAAAAGUAUUCGGAAAUCCUUGUGAUCAACAUCCGGUAUGAACCGGUAGUGUUCGUGAAGCGGGGGAGGGAUUACGUUUCUUACACACCCCGCGAGAGAGACAACCUGACGAGGAACGUCAUCACACGUCCACAUGUUGAUGACGUCGUGGCUCAGGAAGCAGCAAUACGUAAAGAGAUCGUGCAUUUUGCUCUGAUCAACGCGGACAACGAAUAUGCCUUUUACGAUGACAUCGAAGACCUUUCGGACGAACCUCACCUCAAUCAGCUCACGUUCAUAGAAGACAUUCAAACGACCAGUGAAGUAUACAGUCUUCAUUCGUUUGGGAUCCACAAUGCAUCAUUCACAAGGGUACCCAUGUCAUCGUCGAAAACUCCAAUCAAUGAAGUUAUCGAUCAGCUGUUGAAUGCGGUUAAGGAGGUGCCCUCGUUGUUCAGUAAUGAGGAAUCGUCGCUACCGAUCCUCGUCUUCACGGGUCACAUGGGAGGAGGUCGUACCACUUUCGCCAUGUCCCUGGGGAUCUUAAUUAUGGCGCAUCAGAGAGGCUUCCCCGCUCAUGUAUACGAUUCUCAUCCAUCCAACGACGGGUCACCCAAACUGGAGCUCGGUGAGUUCUGGGCCAUCAUGAAGGUGUGUAGUCUGCUUCCUGAUGGUAUGAAGCGCAAGAGGGAGGUGGAUUCGAUCUUAGAUCUCUGUGCGGACAUGGGCAACAUACGAGAGAAGAUUGUGGAAUGCCAUAACAAGCUUCAAGAAAUACAGGAGGACUACCAAAUAGCGGGUCAGAGUGCUCGUGAGUAUUACUUGGAGAACGCGCUCAGAUAUCUGAAACGAUACUGUUAUCUGAUCAUCUUCAACAGUUACUUACACGAACAGUUCCAGCAGUGUUUCUGCAGAUCGUUCACCUCCUGGAUGAGGCAACAUCCUGAGCUAUAUACUGCCCUCGCUCACAUCAAUUCAUCGGAGCGAACAGCGCCCCCAGAGCUCAUCACAAAGGGGCUCAGAUUCCUGGUUGCGGAUGACUUCGUUGGUCUGGACGUACUCCGCUCUCAGAGAGAGGUUGGAACCUCAAACUUCCGCAAAGUGCCUGGCCUACCUGUAUAUGGUAUGGCACAACCCAGCAGUAAGGGUCUGGAGCGAGUCUGUCAGUAUCUUCUCUCCAAGAAACACGGCCAUUCCUCCAUCCAUUCCUUCAACCUACGAGGAGAGAUGAUCAUUCAGUGCGAUUCUACCACUUACACUCCCAGAGAGCUGGCAUCUCUUGAUAAGAACAUAUCUGUCUCCGGCCUCUCAGAGAGAGAUGUAGAGAAGAAGGAAAUACAGCUGAAGAAUGAGAUCUUGAGAUCAAAGCAUUCAAUUCAGGUAUACACAGAUGUGGCUGAACCUAAGAAGACGAUUGAGUUUGACACAGUGACCACGCUACAUGAGAUGUACGAGGACCAAAUCAAGCAGACACCACAGCUUCACUAUUACCAUAUCGUGGGAGGGUUUCAGUGCAGCGGACCUCUUGAAAAGACGAUCAACAGGAUUGUUACCGUGGUGAAGGAUUUGGACGACAUCUUCACCGACGAGGAUGGACCAGCUCUUCUCUUUAACUGCCAUACCGGAAAAGAGCAGACAACAGUUGCCAUGGCAAUAGCUGGCCUUAUCAUUUGGCACAAGAAGGGCUUUCCCGUCGGGACCAAAUUAGGCGAGCAAGAAAGGAUAAGUGUGCCCCAAGCUGAAUACACCAAAGGAGAAUUCUCGGCUGUGCGCAAACUAGUGAUGAGGUUGCCCCAUGGCACGCAGGUCAAACGAGAGGUUGACCUCAUGCUCGACAAGUGCUCUGAGACCAUGACCCCAAUGCACUUUCACCUUCGAGAGGUCAUAUUCUCCAUGUUCAAUAAGAUAAAGACGGCAAAGGGGGAGGAGGUCAACUGCUUAUACCAGCAGAGCCUAGAUAACCUGGAACGUUACAUCUAUCUGAUCAUGUUCAAUGCAUACCUCCAUAUGCAGAGGGUGACCAACUGGGAGAUGCCCUUCCAACAUUGGAUGAAAACGGUUGGAUACAAAGUCGGUGCUUACGACAUCCUCGACCACCUGACUUUUGGUGAAUUGGACAUUGAAUCUCGCUUCAGCAUCAGCUCCAUGCGUGAUCGAUGGUGUCGAGAAGCCACCCCUAAAACGAUCAUCCGAGGGUUCCUCAUUUGAAACAUCCUCCCGACUGAGCGGACACUUACCAAAUCUCCAAGCAAUUGACUUGGGUUUGGUAUACAAAAAAACAUUUGCCAAGUUGUGCUGUACCGGAAAUUUGCAAAAGCCAACUUUUCUUUCUCUGAGCGUGAGAUGUUUCAGAUGAUUUCUGCAUUGCUUUGUGUAGCCUGCAUGCCGUACACCACUCCUCAUUUGAGCAGAUUGCCUGAAGAUUAUUUCAGCAAAUAUAUUUAUUGAUUUAUAGUUAAAGAAAAGAGAGUUACUGUUGGUAUGUGAAUGUCAUCUUUUUAGGUUGAUACAACGUACGCAGACAGACAAUAGAGGGCACAUCACAUUCACUGGAGUAUGAGCUCUAUGGUGGAUUGAAUGGUUGAUCAGGGGAUUGCAAUAGUAUCGCCAUAGAAACAGUGCCAAAAUGGAUACUGCCCUCUUUGUCACUGUCGGGUUUAAUCAACACAUGUGGUAGUUUUGUUUGCUCUAUUUGUUGCUGUUUAUGGAAGGAGCGUUGCCAACAAUGUUUAGAGGCAAGAGAAUGCUUCUAAACUUAGCUUUCAGUUGUACUUUUCAGCUUCUGUUCCUCAAUGUUUUUUAAUAUUGUAUACUUCAUUUGUUAAAAUGUUUUGUCAUCAAAGCAAAAGAACACUUUAUAGCUUUUAAUUGUACAUGUUUUAGCCUAUAUUAGGUCAGAAAUGCUCUUUUUGCUAUUUUUGGGGUGAAUUUUUUUGUCAUCGAUCUCUGUGAUUUUUUCAUUUUGCAAUGAAACCUCUUUAAUAUCCACAAUCUAAAAUUAUUUCCUGUGAACAUUCUGUUACAUAUUAUUGCAAAAAUAUUCCAUUUUCCUACGAAAACUAUUAAAUGAGAAAAAGAGCUCUAAAAGAAUCAACAGAAAUGAAUAUAUCUAAAGAGUUCAUUUAAAAGGUCACAUCAUAAACCUACAGCGUACAUAUUUUUUUCUCUCUCUUUCUUGAGACAUUUUUCUCAACAUCAUGAUCUUGUUCUCCUGAAAAAAUUGACUCUGACACGAGAUGUAAUUAUUCUCAUGAGAUUACUAAUUAUGAACCUACUAUUAGGGUAGUAAAAUUUCAGUGAAUCUUCACAUUUUAUAAUGGAUGUAUACACACACACACAUACAAUACUUGCUAUGCUUGCCAUGCACAGUACAUUUGCAAAGCCACAUGUAAUGGUCUUUGUAAAAUCAACCUAGUGUUUGUUAAUUAAUUUUGUUCGGCCAGCUACUCGUUUAACAAUUUUUUUUUUAUUGCUUAUUGCGCUUUGCAUGCAUUUAGAAAACAUACUGUAUGUCAACUGCACAAUGCUUGAAAGGGAUCAACAGUUUCUCUCUAUUUUCCCAUGUGCAAUUAUUAAUUAAAAGAGAAAACAGAAAUUAUGAUAAUGAUUAUGUACAAGAAUGA